AUGACCUUACCACCGAUCACGUUGACACAUUUUUCCAAAGGCGUGCCAUUCGAAGCGGAUUGGCAGACGGAGCAUAUCUCGAAACGGCGAAAGUGGUUGAUCGUCCGUAAAAUUUCCAUUAUAAUCUCGCAAUUUCAUAGUAUCCACCGUGAUAGAGGGCGGAAUAUAAACGAGGAGCGUCCUACGAGAUUGCCAAACGAAAUUGAACCACUGAUCCCGACGUUUCAUUUAUCUUGCUCUCCUCCACGAGAAGCCAUGGUGACGAAAAAAUGGCAACUCCUCAACUACUUGUCCUUCCUUCUGCUGAACCAACCGACAAUAUACGGGGUAACUUCGAAACACCUGCACCUGAAGAUCCUCGUGCCGGAUGUGAUCAACCACCACACUCACACGAGGACGGUGCUCCUCCACGUCCACGUGCCGACACCUAAGAAACCGAGAACGUACAAGAAGCACGAGUACAGCUCGAAUUGGAGCUCGUGGAGCCGCGGCCGUUAUCACAAUCACAGGGACGAGUACGGCGACCACGAGCUCGAUCACGAGAAUUAUCACGACGAGAAAUCGGGCAGAAAUGGGAAACGGCCGGAGGAUGAUAAACGGCGCAGGCAGAAGUAUUUCCCCGUCUACGAUUAUCACAAAGAGUAUCCCUCGUCCUACGAUGCGGAUGGCAACGAUUUGGAGGAGAAGGAUCGGAGUCGUGACAGUUACGCGGUGCACGAAGACGUGAACGACAUACCGCCAAAUACGGAGACGGUGUCGUAUAAUUACGAGGAAGGGUAUAGGAAGGGGGGAGAGGUGGAGAGUGGGCAUAUUCGAGCGGAUCAGACGCGCAAGUUUCACGAAGAUCAUCACGAGGAGCAGGGGGACGCGGAGAACGAUGGCUUCAAGGACGAGUUUGAAACGAAGACGGACGCCGGAAGGUAUUUGGUCGACGACGUGGAGUACGAGAACACUAGGGAUAAACGUCAUCAUGGUCGAAGGGCGAGAAAGAUUCGUAAAAGCGUUGAUGAGAAUGUGUAA